GUUUAACGUGUACCGCCAGUUGCUUGCUUCAAAGCCGGCUGUUUUUUUUUUAACUGGGGUUGUAUUUUAACACCAAAGAUCUUACACUGGAAUUACACACAUCAGUUUGAAUUGCAACGUUUUUUUUGUAAACGUCUGAAUUUUUUUGUGUUUGUACAUAUAUAUAUAUAUAUAUAUAUAUAUAUAUAAAUAUAUAUAUAAUUAUAUUUAUAUAUAUAUAUUAUACAUGCACACAUAUUUUAAAAUCUGGCUUACUUUGAAGCGAAAAAUUAACGUGCAAAAUACAUUGAACAUAUCACGCGUAAACUUUAUUUAGUUAAAAGGACUAUAUAUAUAAACGCACAAAAUGAACGAUAGAAAAAGUAUGAGUGAAAUAGCAGCAGAUUUUAUUGACCCCUCUACGUGGCCUUUACUUCAUAAUGAUCCUACACUAGAAGAGUUCGAAUUCAUGUCACAGUCUCUGGAGUUAAGUUCUGUCAACGACGAAUGGCUAUCGUCGUCGGAUCCUUUCAGUGAUUUCAACUUCGAUAAUUUUGAAAUGUUAUUUGCAGACCCCGACUUUCUUGUUGCUAAUCGUAUUGACAAUCACAACAGCGAAAACACAGACCGCAAUAGCAGAUCGACUCGUAAUCCUAAUCCUAACUUAUCAUCUGCGAACCCUUCACCCACGCACACCAAUUAUGAGUCGGAUUUCUUGGCAACUGGUCAAGACGAACAACAGACACCAUCGCCAUCAUCUUCAUCACGAGAAUUCUUCUCUUCACAAACUUCAGCACCACCGUCACCCUGGUCCCAACAUUCUUCUGUCGGUUCCCCAUUGUCAACACAACCAGAUUCACCACUCGGAUUAAACACAUCUGAGAAUUCUUUUGAUUUUCGGACUUUACUAAGUAAAUCAAAUCUUCAAGUUCCAGUUGAACAGACCCCAAACAAACCCCAGCCUAAGGAAAAGGGGAAGAGAGGUCGACCUCCAAAGAAAAACCUCGACCGACGAAUACAGAAAGGGAAAAGAAAUGCUAUCAUUUCUCCAGAAAUACUCGAAGACUCAAUGGUGAGACUGUCCCACACAAAUCAUACAAACACCAGUUGUAGUAGUAGCACACCAACAGCCGUAACAGAGAGAAAGAAACGUAAAUGCAUGACAGACGAAGAGAAGAAAAUUCAUAACGAACUGGAACGAAGGCGCCGUGCUGCCAUGUCUGUGCGUCUGGCACAUUUAAAAGACUCUGUUGAAAAAAUUCGCGAUGAUCCAAAAGCGUCGACAAAAAAAAUAGUCGAUGAAGCAAUUGUUGCUAUUGAGGACUGUAAGCUCCAUGAGCAGGAACUUCUGAUCGAGAAACAGAAUUUGGCAGAUCACCGGCGGAGGCUAAAGGCGCGGAUACAAUCUAUGGAAAACGGAACAGAUUAUUCUUUCACAGCAACGCUAACAGACAUGGACAGUGGUUUAUCUGAAGAUGAACAUGUAUCUGUUGUAUAAGUGCACUUCCAGAAAAGACAUUACAGAAACCUCACCAUUUUUACAUACUUUCACCAAUUCAUAAGACUGAAAACACUGCCAUACCAUCCACCCAUCCAUAUACACAUACAUCCAUCUGAAUCAAUUUUUUUUUUUUGUGAGCUGUAGAUUUUUUUAUUUAUUUAUGUUUUAUUAAAGUAGUUUUUGUUCAA